GAAAUCUAGUAGUAAACCUCACUCCCAUAAUUUUACUAUAUCGUUCAUUGUCAUGUCUUGGUAGUGAGUCGAUGCAGACCAGUUUGUCAAUAAUAUACUUGACAAUGUGAGUUGCGCUCUGUAGAGCUUCACGAUGUCUUCUAUUGUUCCUCUCUCGCCAUAACGAGUAUACCACAUCCUGAAAGGUGUAACGAGAAAUAACCUUUCAGGUUGUGGUAUACUCUUUAUGGAGAGAGGUCUAAUGCUCAUUACUUUACUUGCAGUAGAGAACCAACGGGAGUUUGGAUUCUAAAGAAAUGGAUCAGGUCAAACUUAUUAACGUACUGUAUGUAAUUUCUCAAGAAAAGACUUUGUUGAGACGUCACUUUCUGAGUUCUUUAAGUGUUUAUCUUUUAUUGGCGCAGCCAAAUUAUAUCCUUUUACCAUAAACUAAACUAGUGAUGGGUCAUGUUCAUAUCAUAUAAUAAUGACGGGUCAAGUUCAACGAUCCAUAUAUUAAACAAGUAUGUAUGUUAUUCGAGAUCAGAGUUGCUAAUUCACAUUUCCCAAAUGGAUCCAAGAUUGAUCUCAGCCGCUCAAAUAGGAAGCAUAGAUGACUUGUACGCUCUAAUCCAUGAGGAUCCCUACAUUCUUGAAACCAUCGAUGUCGUACCUUUCAUAAGCACUCCUCUUCAUGUAGCUUCUGCUUUUGGAAAUCUUACUUUUGCCAUGGAGAUGAUGUAUCUUAAGCCAUCAUUUGCUAGGAAACUUAACACAUAUGGGUUAAGCCCAUUGCAUCUUGCUAUAGAGGAAGGUCAAACACGGUUAACUAUGGGGUUACUCAAACUCGAUCCCGAUCUAGUUCGUCUUCGAGGAAAAGAAGGUACGACCCCGUUUCAUAUGCUUGUAAGAAGAGGAGAACUUGAUCUUAUGACGGAGUUCCUUUUGGCUUGUCCUCGUUGUGUUAAAGAUGUGAACGUAAACGGCGAGACGCCUCUACACAUUGCGGUUAUGAACGAUAGAUAUGAAGAACUCGAAGUACUCGUGGGAUGGGUGCAGAGAUUGCGUCAAAUAGAUGCCGAAUUGCUAGAGAUGCAAGUAUUGAACCGAUGUGAUCAGAAUGGUAACACAGCCUUGCAUAUAGCAGCAUAUCAAGAUAAAAUCAAGGCAAUAAAGAUUCUGCUAGGUUCUCGAGCGGUUAACCGAAACAUCUAUAACCGGAAUGGCUUAACCGCUCUAGAUAUUUUGCAAAAUCAGAGAUAUAGGAAUCGAGAAAUCGAAGAAACCAUUCGAAAAUCAGGAGGUGACAUCGCAAACUCUCUACCAAAGUCGAAGAAAUUAUCAGAAAUAUUGAGAUCACCUAUACCUUUCAAAGAGUAUUUGUUCACAAAAGCAGCCCGGUAUAGGAAACACAUAUCAGAUGGAUCACGUAGCGCGCUUUUAGUGAUAGUUGCACUAAUAAUCACGACUACUUAUCAGACAGCUCUUCAACCACCUGGAGGUGUGUACCAAAGCAAUGCUGAGGAAAGUAGUGGUAGGAAGAGUGUUGGUAAGGUUGUGAUGAACCAAACUUAUUUCAAUGUUCUAAGGAGCGUGAAUAGCAUGGCUUUUGAAGGAGCGGGUCUCAUGGCGUUUACCUUUUUACCAGCUGGAGAAGAAUAUGUCUGGUCUUUUCUAUGGAUAAUGGUGCCUCUCCAUGUCUCUUACUUAGUCUCAAUGUCUGUUAUAUCCCCAGAUACGAUAGGGUACUUAUCGUUCAGUAUUGGUUGGGUUAUAUUUGUUGUUAUUGUUUACAUGAUUGUGCUUUUCCUGCGGUGGAAACGGUCUAAGAAGAAGAUACCUGAACCAAGAAGCGAGUUGAUUCUUGAAGGCUUGACAACUUUGAAUCAGGCAAAAGGAGUGUAGUGAUGUGAGUUUGUGUGUUUGGUAAUAAUAAGACGUUAAGUAGUGUUGAUUGUGUGCUAGAUUGUUCAAUGUAAAAUAUGAAUAAUAUCUCUUUGUUAGGACAAACAUGAACUUCCUAUUUUCAAGAUUCGUUGGAGAGAUGAUUGAUGGCAAUAUUUGUGUGUUCUAAUUCCCUAAAUUGUUUUUGAGUAAUUUUCCUUGAUAACAUAUCUAACAAUAGUUAUGUGCAGGGUUCUAAAAAUCGGUCUAGGCGGCGCCUAGGCAGCAACUCGGUCCUAUACGAAACGAUUUUUUAAAAUCCGAUUUAUACCGAUCUAUAUGAUUCAAAUUGGUUUAAACUGUUCUAAAUCAGUUAAAAUUGGUUAAAAUCGAUCUAAAAUUGUCUAUAUAUGUUAAAUAAAGCAAUAAUAUUAUUACAAAUCUACAAAUUUGUCUACUUUCUUCUGUUUUGUAUAUCUAAUUUUGAUAAUUCAUCACAAUAAUUUUAUAAUUAAAGUUAAAAACUAAAAUAUGUUAUACAAAUGUAUAAAAUAUAUAAAAUAAAUCAAC